AUGAAAAACAGAAAAGAUUCACCUUGCCACUAUCUCAGUCAUCUUCAACCUUCCAUUCUCACUUUCAUCCAAAGCCUUGAUUCUCUCUCUCACCUUCAUCCAUCAUUCUGCAGAAGAACCACUAUUGAAAAUUCUAAUAUGACUGCUCUUGAAUCUUCACCCCUUUUUCUUCAACAAACCAUCAUCUCUCAAGAACUCCUCGGUAUUCAUCUUGAUAUACUUCAACUAUCAUUCAACGAGAACCUCUUCUCCUCUGCAAAUCUGAAACCACGUCACUACUUCAAUCAUCAUCUCGAUUGA